CGAGCGUUCAUCGUCAAGUGUCCUGCACGAACCCUUUGAGCGUCAACCAAACUACGACAACAAGAGGACAGAGCUUCUGCUUGCUGCUUGCCGCAAUGGCGAUGGAAGUCAUCACACCAGAAGGCUUUCGCUUUGAUGGCCGCCGGGUGAACGAGCCCCGGGGGAUCCAGUGCUGUGUGGGAGGCUGUGGCCGCGAGGCGGAUGGCUACGCUGUUUUCGAGCUGGGUAGUACCAAGGCUGUGGCUUAUGUCUAUGGCCCCAUGGAGGCCAAGCAGCGGUCGCAAAGCCUGCACGACCGCGCAACCCUAUCCUGCACGUUGUCCACGGCCACCUUUGCCACGGUGGCCAGGAACUUCGGGCGGAAGGGAGACAGACAGUCUCAAGAGCGGUCCAUGUGGCUGCAACAAACCUUUGAGAGUGCGAUCCUGCUUGAGCAGUACCCACGCUCGCAGAUUCGUCUCUUUGUGCAGGUCCUUCAGGCUGAAGGAAGCCCCGUGGCCGCUGCCAUCAACGCGGCCACCUUAGCUUUGGCAGAUGCAGGGAUUCCCAUGCGGGACCUGGUUGUGGCCUGCACGGCUGGCUUGUUAGGUCGAAAGCCCGCCAUGGACCUGAGUCGUGAGGAGGAACAGGCCGGUGGUGCAGCAGUGCUGGUGGCUUCUUUGACGGGCUCGAAGCGGGUGAGUCUCCUGGAGGUGGAAUCCAAGGUCCCCGAGGGCUUCUUUGCCCCGUUGUACGACAUGGCACUUCAAGGUUGCCAUGCGAUUGCCGAGCAGAUGAGGACCUGCCUCCUGGAACAUGCGUCCGAGGGCUUCUCCCUGCGAAAGAGCCGCCGGAAGGCCUAGCCGCUAACUUGCUCCGGACUUCUUUGGCCGGUUGGCUGGUGAAAGCUUGCGCA